AUGGAGCACACAAGCCUUGAUCCGAAAACUUUGAAAGUAAGCCAACUAAGAAGAAUACUGGUGGAAAAUGACGUUACAUUUCCAGCGAAUGCUAGGAAGCCCGCCUUAGUGAAACUAUUUGAAGAAAAUGUUAGAGAGCGUUUGGAAUCUUCUUCUGGAACUCCAAAGGGUAAAGACAGUGUCAGGAAAGCUGUGAAGUCAGAAAUGAAGAAUGCAGAUCGCAAAAAGUCCUUGAAGAAUAAAAAGCAAGAAUCAAGCUCUGAUGCGAGUAAAAAUGUUGAAACCAACAAAAGGAAGAGGGAGGAAAACAGUAAAGAUGAUUCAAACCCACCACGGGUGAAAGAAGAGAAAUCUUCUAAAAAGAAAAGAAAGAAGAGGGCUAAUAAGGUCACUAAACCGUUAGAGCCUCUUUCCAAACCUAAGCUAGAAAGUGAAGAACCUUUAGUAACUUUAUCCUCCGAAAUGGAAGUCCGGGAGGAACACAAAGAAACCCCUCUAGGUGAAAAGCCAGUAGCCGAGAAGUUUGCAAGGCCAGAAUUACCUAAUUUGAAAGUGUCGAACGAAUUUUUAGUGCAACUAAACAAAGAGUUGGCAAGUGCGACCACCGAGAGCUAUGACCACUCCAUAAAAUCAGCUGAUCUGUCAUCUAUUAGAGCGGAAAGAGAAGAACAUUUUAAUAUCUCAACUGAAACAGAGCCAAAAAGCGAAGGUGAUCCGAUAAUGGCAAAUACCGAUGAGAAGACUCAGGGCGCAGUAGACACUACAAAACGGAAGGAAGUAGAGGAAAAGUUGGUAACAGCACCAUCUAGUCUGGAAAACAAAGACAAAAAGAGGGAAAAUAGAAAAUUCCAGAAGGCAAAUACACCAAAACCAAAAGGCCGCAGCAGGCACUUUCUAGAAAACAAAACUAAAAGAGGCAUAGACAUCAUUAGACCGCUUUUUGCCCAUGUUUUUAUUUGGCUAUGGAAUUUCGCCCUUUAUCUUUUGAUCGUAUUACCAAUUCUCUUUGGUCUUUGGUUUCGAGAACAGAGAAUUAGAAUCGGAUAUUGCGGUCAUGAAGAGCCGAUAAAAUCACUUGCGCUAUCAACUUUCCCUCAAACUCAACGUGUGGAUGAUUAUUUACAAGCUUAUGGGCCUAGUUGCCUAAAGUGCCCUGAACAUGCCUUAUGUUCUUCCUUUAUGAAUAUCGAAUGUGAACCGGGCUAUGAGCUUAGAAGUUCUGUUUUAGAAACGUACGGUAUUGUUCCCUUCUCGAAGUAUUGCGUUAAGGAUGAAAGUAAAGAAAAGGAAGUUGACGAGUUGGUUUGGAAAGUAAGUGAAUACCUAAGAAAGAAGAAUGGACAAGUGGACUGUGGGAAAGGAGAGAACCUAUUUGAAAGUGGUGAAACAGAGAAUAACCUGUAUGAUAUAUUUUCCAAUUCAAGACCGUCAUGGGAAAAUCAGAAAGAAUUUAAUGAACACUGGAAAAAUGUAGUUGAUAUACUAAAAAACAACGAAGAAAUUGUUUGGUUGCCGUUGGACUUUGAAAUGGACAAAGAAGGUCGUCUGCAAUCGAAGGAUGCUACUUAUGUUUUUCGUUCAACUUCCAAAAGGCGCGUCAAACUGCAAUGCCAUUUGGGAGCGGAUAUUCAGGAGGGGCUAAAGAAGUACGGUGGUUCUGUAUUGAUCGCCCUGAGUGUUUUUUUUUUCAUCAAGAAAGUGCAAUCAACGCUUAAUGAUUAUGUCCAGGGAGAACAGGUGAUUGAAAAAUUGGUAAAAGAGGCCAUUGAUCAGUUAAAAAAUGUCAAAAACGACGAAGAAGAGGAAUCAUUUUUAACAACAGUCCAACUGAGAACUAUACUAUUGAGCGGUGUACCCAAAAUGAAAGAACAAAAUAGCCUAUGGGCUCAAACUAAAGACAAGAUUAUUAAAGAACAGUCUGAAAAUAUUGAAUUAUACCUUCUAGAAGAAAAUGGGGAAAUCAUGACAUGUUGGGAAUGGAAGGAUUGA